GAUAGUGAAUCGAAAUAUAAAUACCAGUUUUGGUUUAAAAAUAUAUGUACACACAUACUUACAUAUAUGCGCUCCUAUAAAUUUAUAAUUGCUUAAAAAUUGAGCAGCGCAGCUCGGAAAAUCUAAAUCGAAAGUUGUCCAGUUAUGGAGCAGGCGCGUCCUGUACCGGCGCCUCGACGCCUGGGCCCCGAGCUGCGACCCAACAACUACGAGAAUAUUGACAUCACUCCCAUUGGCAACAGUAGUAGCAACAACAACAACAACAACAGCAAUAAUAUUAACAACAACAGCUUUAAAAAAUUCAACAUUAAUGCCGAGAAUUUGCAAAACAACUGUGCCGAGAAAUCAACAGCGAGCAAUCAAAAUAAAAUAGUUCCCAACAUAGCGCCAAAUCGGACGUACGAAGGAACCGUAGAUACCUCUGCCCAACCCAUCUAUGGUCCUGAUGCCAACGAGAAUGUGCCCGGAGGUAUGGGUAGUGAGCCCAUUUAUGCAAUACCCAGACCAGCACCACGCCAACGGGCGCGUCCUGAGCCACAGCAGGCACAGCCAGAGAAACCACCAGAGCUAGUGCCACCGAAGCCAAAUCAUCAGCAGCUGGGAACAGAAUCGAAGGUGUUGCGUGCGGCACCGCAGGUUCCGCCCAAAGCGUCGAACAGUGAAUCGGAACGCAGACGACCGGAACGCUGUUCGAUUUCCAGCGAAUUCUCCACAACCAGCACCACCUUCGACAAUGGGCACAACGAUGAGUCAUUGGUGGACCAGUCGGAUCAGUCACGAUACGCGUCGAAUGCGUCGCUCAACCAAAGCGAGGGCUCGCAGAGCGGCAAGUUCAAGUCGCCAUCACCCGGGUACGUAGACUAUACAACAAUGCAGAGCGAGGGCGCGGUCGAGGUCGAGGUCGGCAUCAAGAUCGAGGACGAGGGCGAAGGCACUGAGUCCUCCUUGACAGCAUCCGAUCAAUCGGAGGAGCAAUUCUCUGAGCAAUCUGUGAUCCAUGAGCAAGAUGAACAAAACGACAAGAAUUUGCUUCGAUCUUUGGGCAGCACUUCGAAGCUGCUCGGCGAGGCAAUUGGCGAGCGUGUGGCAUUCAAGGCCAAGGGCGCAAAGAAGCGUUUGGACAAGAAUCUAAAGAGCUCCACCGAGGCAAUCAGCAAUCUCAGUGCGGACGCAUCGACGCGUCUGCAGCGCGUCAGCAAACGGCUUGGCAACAAUUUCUCACUAGGACGACGAGACAAGGGAGCUGGAGCCGACUGCGAAGCAUCAACUUCGACGACAAUGGGUGCGGCAACUGAGUUCGAACGUCCCCAGACAAUGCCCAACAAGGAUGUCUUCAAUACGAUACACUUUAGCAGUCCGCUGCAUCGUAAUGCCGCGGGUGGGGGCAGAUCAGAUCUCAGCACAGCGAGAGCAGGACCUUCAGUGGCUUCCUCAACACCACAAUUGAGUUCACCAGUGGCGGAGGAUGAUGGUUCCUAUGAAGUGCCGCGCAGCUUCAAACUCGAGCCUAAAUUGCCGCCCAGCUAUGAUGAAGCGUUGCGUGCUUCGCCAGUGCCACCUCCUGUCGCUGGGGGCUCACCGCAUGCCAGAAAUCUUGCCCUAGAAGCAACUCAAGUAGUACAGCGACGCAAUCAGCUGAAACAGCAGCCACAGCCAGCGGGUAAUAUUUCCGAUUCAAAUAGCGAGGGCGCCAUUCGCUCAUCGGGCGACUCUUUAGACCUACCGUCGCCACCGAUGCCCACCUUUCCGCCGCCCACACUUCCACCUUUGGACGUAAGACAGCCACCGGCAAGACAAAAGCGACGCAAAAACUACGAAGACAUUCAGCUGCGACGCAACGAAGUGCAGUCUAAAAGUGCCAGCUCUCUGGAAGCCCGCUCCCUGUACGCCAACGUGGACUCGGCGGAGCUCCAUGCGCUAAAUCUGGCGGCUGUGGCGGCUGAGCGUGAUGGUUCAUUCCUGCUGCAUACCAAUAUUGCAGCUGAGGAGGCGCGAAUUCCAAAGCCAGAGCGCAGCAACUCCUGGGAAUUCUGCUGCGAUGAGAAUGUGGAUGACGAGGAUGAGUCCAGUUCAUCGCCAGAGCCGUUGUAUGCCAAUCAUGAGGCCACCUACGGCAAGGUAUUCGAAAUGGCCACCGUCGGCAGCAACGUUCUGGCACCUCAGUCGGAGCUAACGUGCAUCAGUGAGGAGCACAGUGACGGUGUAGGCGAUCUAGACAGCAGUGAAGGCGCUGUUGGUGGCUAUUUAGCGCUGCCGCCACCUCCACUAGAGGUUAUCAAAGAGUUUGAUCCACUGACGAGCAAGUCCUCAACACUAGCACGCUCCAAGAAAAGCAACGAACUGCUGCUCCUCGAGCAUCUGCUAGAGGAGGAGACGUACGGAACACUGAAGCGAGAACACGAUGAUAUAAGCAUGUGUACAUCCGAGGAGGACAGCAGGGUGGUGGAGCCCAGAGUCAAGGGUAAAUCCAAUCCGGCAGCGACACAGGUGCCACAAGCAACAACUGUAGAGGAUCGUGGCAGUAAGCUGCAAAUUGUACAUCAGAACGCCCAUCUCCUCAGCGAGAGCAUGGAGAACAUGCUGGACGAUGAGGCACGUGUGAAACCCUACCUAAGUCGUUUGGAUGAAAACACCACUGCAAGUGGUGCCCAACGACAGGUGGAUCUGGCACCGGCCUCACGCAAUCGCACCAAUUGGUUUGUUGGCGGCAACAACAAUCCAUCGGCUAAGCUCAACAUCGAGGGGGAUAGUCCACCCACAUAUCUGGAGGCCAUAGGGGGUGAUGGCAAUACCAGUGAGUCAAAACAGGUUCCACCGACAGCCACAGCCACAACGACGACAACGACGACGACAAUACCAUCAGUCCUCAAGCAGACAAUGAAUGUGUUCAAUAAUGUGAAGAUACGGGUGAGUGCGAUGCAGCGAAAGGCUAGCUUCAAGGCAGCGCAGCGUCAAUCCGAUGUUAAGGUUGCGCUGCAGAUGGUCCCCAGACCCAGACUCUCGCCGCUAUUGGUGCGCUACGAAGGCCCACUGAUCCGGUUUCCUUCCGGCGUUGUCGAGGACAUACUGAAAGAAAUGCAAAACCGCAAAGCGAUCCUGCGGGAUCGUCAAUUCCAAACAUAUCUCGAUCAGGAGAUGAAAACGCCCAAGGAAUGCAUACCGUUGGACACCAUUACAACACUCCAGUGCGUGAGCAAUAACCGUGUCACGGACAAUAGCACACACUUCUAUUGCUUUGAACUGACAACAUCGACACCCAAAAAUGGCAAUGGCAACGGUUCCAAUGCCAGUGGCAGUGGCGGCAACGGCGCACAGACCAUGUCAUCCAAUCCUAAUCUGGUCAUGACCAGCAACUCAUCGGGUAAUUGCAAGCAGCAACGUGUGGCCCAUCUCUAUGGUGUCGGAAAGGAGUCUGAGCGUGGUGUCUGGAUGCAAAAAAUACUAGAGAGCCUCACCAACAGCCUGCCAGUGAAGUACACUUGCCACUAUUAUCGCGCUGGAUGGUGUUAUCUGAAGACCUCCAUCACCUCAGAAUGGAGUGGCACUUGGCUAGUCUUACGCAAGACCCAACGACGUCUCAUCUUCGUCAGCGAGGCUACCGGCAAUGUGGAGAAAAUGGAUUUGCGCAAGGCACGCUGUAUUGUGCUGAAGGAGAGUGACGAAUCCACCGUCAAUCUGCAUGUGGAAUCUGGACCCAUGCUGAUGAUCGACUGCCCCCCAUAUGCUGUAUAUAUGAUCAUGAGUUCGGCACGUGAGACUAAAAUUUGGCGUCACAUUAUACGUGAGGUGGCCCACAAUAAUGGCUUCUCGCUGGCCGACCAACAACUGACACGCUUCGACGUGCCAGUGAUUGUGGACAAGUGCAUCAAUUUUGUGUAUAUACAUGGCUCGAUGUCUGAGGGUAUUUAUCGUAAGUCUGGCUCUGAGAACUCAAUGCACAAACUGAUGACCGCCUUCCGUGCCGAUGCCUUCAAUGUCGAAAUCACACGCAACGAAUACAAUGAGCACGAUGUGGCCAAUGUUCUGAAGCGUUUUAUGCGCGACCUGCCCGAACGUCUCUUGGGUAAGCUGACAGAGAGCUUUGUCUUUGUCACCGAGCUGUCGGCGCCUGCCGAGAAAAUACCCGUCUACAGGGAACUGCUCGCCCGUCUCAGCACCAUCGAGCACGAGACACUGCGUCGAAUUGUGGGCCAUCUGGUGUUUAUCAGCUCCCAACAGACCAAGAACAAAAUGAGUGUGCAGAAUCUAACCAUGAUUUGGGGUCCCACACUGCUGGCAAAGAAGAGUGACGAGCUGAUCUACUCACAAAAUGAGGCUGAUGUGCUCAGUGAUCUGAUUUUGCUUUACAAGAAUCUGUUCCCCGUCAGCGUCGAUGAAAUGCGUAAGGAGCAGGCGAUGCUGUCAUGCCUGCAAAAAUAUUAUGCCGCCGCAGAGACGCUUAAGGACUCGGUGAAGAAGUCUGGUGACAUUAAAAUCUGGAUUAGUCUCAAUCCCAAUCCGGACAAUACCACUGAAGAGAAGACGCAAGUGAAUGCCACCAUUUCGCCAACAAAGACUGCCUAUGAAUUGUGCCGGGAGUACGCUUCGAAGAUGCGUUUGGCGACCCAUCAACUCACCCUUUAUGAGGUCAUACUUAACGAUAGUCUGGAGCGUCCGUUGCAUCAUGACGUCAGGGUCUUUGAUGUCAUUCUGAAUUGGUCGUACUGGCCCGAAGAUGAUCGCAAGCACAAUUAUCUCGUCAUACGUCCCAUUGAUAUGUUGCGUGAGGUACAACGGGCGGUCAAAAAUCUGGCCACAGUGACACCCGGCAAGGAGCUGCGCUUCGCCGAUAGUCGGACCAAGACCUUUAAGAACCUGCAGUGCGAAUUACGCGACGGAAAAAUUGUGGUCUCCAAGAAGGACAAAAACGAUAAGACAACCAUUGUGCGUGAGGUCUUCCUGCAAAGCUCAACGGCCUAUUUGGGAUGUGAGCGCAAGCGCGACUUCCCCUGGAGUUGGGCCAUCACAUUUGUGGAGCGCACGCAGGCGCAAAUAAUGAGAUCACGCGAUGCCCCCUUCAUUGGUCAUGUGCUGGCCGGCAGUGAGUGGGUCGAUCGUACCAUCUGGUAUUCCAGCAUUUGGUAUUGUCUGUAUGGCGACAACAUUUUACCACCAGCUGAGAUUAUCAUCAAGUGAGGAGCAAAGGAACAAUGUGAAGCUUGUCUCUAUUAUGAUUGCCUGCCUAUACUAAGGAACUGUUCGCACUUGGCAUCGUCUUCCCUGUUUGCCAAGAACUCUUAUGUCUGAUGUUAAGCUAAAUACAUAUAGUGAAAGCAUUUAUUUUAAUAGAUGUCUGCCUUUAUAGUUAGUUAGUUUUUAAUUUAAUGUGUGUAUAUGAGUUUUUUUUAUAUAAAUAUAUUUGUAUGUAUGUUUAAGGCUAUUGUAUUGUAGAUAAACUUUUGAAUUUAUUUUGCAUAUAUAAAUAGUAGUUGUAUUUAAAUUAUACAAAAAAUAUAUAUAAAAUUGUCACCAAUUCAAUACAACGCAAUACACUUUGAAGAUCUCCCACAUCGGGUGACUUCCAUAAUUGAGUUAAAUCGACAAUUGACAAACAAAUUGAGUUUUUUUUUUAUAGCAGAGCUCAAUUAUAUACUAAGAACAACAAAUUGCAUGGUAUAUGGUAUUUAUAUAGUCUUAGUAACUUGUAACUCAUUUCGAAUUAUCAUUUGGGACUAAACUGUCUUUGAUGCUGAAAUUUUGUAAAUCACUUUCAUGUAUCUUUAAAUGUUUAUCAGUGCAAUAGCUAAGGCUACCAUUUGUUUAUUCACUCCGAAUGCCUUUUGAACAUAAAAUAAAUCGUUUAUAUAUAUGC